AUUACGCUAUAUGGACCAGACCAGAAUGCAAAGGUUCGAAUAAGCUUGCAAAAAGACUCGACUACAGAGUUGUCGCUAUGGAGUUUGCAUAUCUCGAAACUGGUCGACCAGAUUCUUCCAAAGAUAAGCAAAAACAAGAUCAUAAAAAACUCAAUAGACUU